AUGCCAUCUCUCUUAACGAAGCUUGACGAAACCCAGGAAGAGAUUGUCCAAGUGCGUGACGAAAUGCUCGAGGCCUUGCACACUUUCUACUCGUCGUCCUGUACGAUGCUGUCGAUGGAUGAAGCUGUCAAGAUGGCGGUUACAUGGAGUACGGAUGCGUCGGACGGGUUUCCUGGUGAAAGGGACGUCACGGAACAUUCGGUCAUACCGACAAAAGUGCGUCAGCUGAACGCCGCUCUGCUGAGUGCUGUAGAUCGUUUGCAACUGGACGAGAACAGUGACAUGGCUCCCGAAGCGCACUUACUGGUGUCUUGGAUGCGUCGUGAACGUCUGGAGAAGCAGGCGCAGGAAUCGAAAACCAUGUUGGCUUUGGUUGAGCAGCUCCUGGAGAUUGAUCAACGACUUGGAGACGUGGAUGUUGCGAUUGACCAUGAGCAGUUUGCUGUAGCAGCAGGUGGAAUGGUAGAAGUGGAGAGGAUGGUUCAGGAAUGGGUGGAGACAAAUUCGAGCGAAGAUAGUGAGAGCGGUGAUUGCAAACUUGUCCGAGCUGUGAAGCAGCAGGUGCUAGGUCAGAAAGAGAGACUGCUGGAUCGGCUGGCGAAUUUCUUUAGCCGGAUGGCGGUGUGGCACGAUAGAGCGCUACGAGUGACUACCGAGUUUUCGGGCAAAGGAAUGACGCGAAGGACAGUUGAGGAACGACGAAGGGAUUACUGGGAAGCGUGCGAAGUGCUGGAUAUCCUGGCACCGAGGUUGCAGGACAUUGCAAAAGAUGUGUCCCGCCAUCUGAUUAAACCAAUGUUGCAGACGUCUCGAGGAAGAACAAGGCGGGGACAGGAUGAAAGUGGUGCGACACUGGAAGUUGUGGCACUGGAUGUAAAUGUCGACGAUGCAUUGGUAGAGAGCGGGAUUGUAGAUGUACAAGGAAAGUGCGCCAGCGUUGUCAUGGUGCUUCAUUUUCUCCACGAAGAGCUCUUUGCGGGCACCGUCGGGAUGAUACAUCGGUUUGAAGACUUUGUGUGGAAAAUUCCGGGCAAUCUUGAGGCUCAGCUCAUGAAUAUGCUGCAAGAUGAAAUCCCUCACGAUGCUACCGCGCUAGACGCGUACCGCAAAGUUUUGGCGGAUACUGUUGUGAGCUUGGAAGACAACUUGACAGCCAUUGGUUUUUCGGCUUGCAACAAUAGCCAGCUACGAGGUUUCGUCGAUGAGCUGAACCAGUUGCACGCUACAAAACGCCGUCAAGUCAUCUUGAGCUCCGGACGUACCUUGAUUAGUCAAGCAUAUCACGAUUCAGUUAUGAUCACGGAGGACUUCGAGAAAGAGAGCUUCAGUGCAUCUAUACAGUGUGGCAAGAACGACAAGAGUGGUGUAGAAAACGAUGCUACAGUGAGCCCAAUGGCGCUUGAAAGCCGAUGUUUUCAGGUUCCUGAAUGCCGUGUGAGUGUCUGCGCUCACGAGGUGGUAGAGUUGGUGCACCGGACCCUUCAUGAGGCAUGUACUUCUGCUGAUGCGAGUGCGUGUGCAAAAGUUUUCUACCAGACAGCUCGAGACUUGUUCUUCCUGUUCCGAACCAUCGUGCCUACGUUAUACGGCGAUGAUAUUGCAAACGACCCCCGAACUUGCAUGUUGUAUCACAACGACUGCCUUUAUGUCUCGUACCACAUGUUGAUCGUUGAAUGCCGUUACAAGCAUCGGCUCCCAGCACCGCUAGAUCGAACUGCUACAAUGGUAGAUAUGCUCUCUUCUUUCCAAGAAGACGGCGAACAAGCGUUGAUCGCGUACACGUCAUCUCAAAUGAACGAGGUCAUGUCUGGGGUGAAACAUUUACCGUCGCUUGGCACUCUUGAGUCAGAGUUCGAUGUGGAACGGGUGACACACUUUCUCAAGAAUGCGCUCGACAAGUUGAAGGAAAUGAGCUGCUUGUGGCGCGAGGGGUUACCCGUGAGGAUUUAUGUCAAAACCAUGUCACGUAUGCUCGAGCCGCUCGUACAACAUUUUGUGGACGACGUGCUCACUCAAACGACUAUUUCCGACAAGACUGGAGCUCACGUCUACCGCCUCUUGUCAUUGCUUCUAGAGUCUGAAGCGCUGUUUACGUCGCCGGCUCAAGCUGUGAAGUUUGCACCUAGUUUAAACAGGUUGUCAGAGCUCGCAGCGAUAUUGAUGGACCCACUCGCAACAGUUCGUGAUAAACUUGACAGUGGUUUUCUGGACGCGUUUUCUCCAAAGGAGUUGGCUAGUCUCGUGAGAUCUCUAUUCCGUGAGUCUCCUGAGAAGAGGGAGUUCUUGCAGAAGCUGCUCGCGCUCGAGAGCAAAUGA